GUUCAUCUUAUCUUAUCUUAUCUUAUCUUAUAUAAUAUAUAUAUAUAUAUAUAUAUUUAGAUAUAUAUUUAGCUUACCAAUGCAGCAGUGAAUUCCGAAGAUAAAGUAAAGUCAAUCAUCAUUUCUUUCUGUGUCCUGUAACUGUCCUGUAUCAUUGCUCCUCAUCUGUCCCCAUGGCAACAUCAUGUGUCCCCAUGGCAACAUCAUCCUCCAGCCGUCUCUACGUCACAGCCGCCGUUCUCAUUGUCUCCAUUAGCAUUAGCAGCAUGCUAACAGAGAGCUGCUAACAGGAGAGAGCUGCUUUGGUCCUCUAAACCCGAUCAUCCACAGAUGGACCGCAGUUUGAAGCGUCGGCAGGUGAAGCCCCUCGCUGCUUCUCUCUUAGAUGCCUUGGAUUAUGACAGCUCAGAUGACAGUGACUUUGAAGUGGGAGAUGCCUCAGGAUCAGACGGCACAGGCAACGGCAGCGAUGAGGAAGGGUCUAAAGCGAGCGCCGCGGGGUCAGAGAGCGACUCGGAGAACGCCGGUUCUGCAGACGACGCUAUAGACGAAGAGGAGGCCAAAGACCUGGCUGCUGACGAGAACUUAACGGAAGAUGAAGAGAAGUCCAAACAGCAGCCUUCCUCAGACAGCUCCACCAAAGACACCCCCGCCGUCACCCCGCCCAAAGGCCGACGCAAGAGCAAGAAGACGUCGGAGCUGGAUCCUGAGCCUGCUGCAGGCGCCGGCACUGAAUCUACCUCAACGUCAGGGCCUGGGUCCGGGUCUGGGUCCGGGUCUGGAUCCGGGUCCGGGUCCGGCAGCGUCAACACAGAAGAGUCUCAGGCCGAGCCCAAGAAAUGGAACUUCCGCAGGAACCGGCCCCUCCUGGACUUCACCACCAUGGAGGAGCUGAACGAGAUGGACGACUACGACAGUGAGGACGACAACGACUGGAGACCCACAGCGGGGAAGAAGAAAGGUAAAGCAGCUGCUCAGAAAGGAGGGACCGAGGAAGAGGACGGUGGCAGCGCUAGUGACGAUGAUGAUGACGAUGAUGAUGAUAACGAUGAUGAUGACGACGACGACGACGACGAUGAUGAUGACGAUGACAAGGAGGAUGGUGAUGACAACAACAACACCAACAACAACAACAACAGUAGCAGUGACAGUGACAAAGAGGUGAAGAAGCCCAAGAAGAAGACGAAGAGCACCAAUGCUUUUGAUGAAGAGCUGACCAACGACAGCAUGUCCCAGGGGAAGGGCAACGAGGAUGCCUUGCUGGACCGGCCCCAAACCUGGAGCACUCAGCACAUCCUCAUCUGCUGCGUCUGUCUGGGAGACAACAGCGAGGACGCAGAUGAGAUCAUCCAGUGUGACAACUGUGGGGUGACCGUACACGAAGGAUGUUACGGCGUGGACGGCGAGAGCGACUCCAUCAUGAGCUCGGCGUCGGAGAACUCGACAGAGCCGUGGUUCUGUGACGCCUGUAAAAACGGAGUGACUCCCAGCUGUGAGCUGUGCCCCAACCAGGACGGCAUCUUCAAGGAGACGGACGCCGGGAGAUGGGUGCACGUGGUCUGUGCACUUUACGUUCCCGGCGUAGCAUUCGGAGACAUCGAUAAACUACGACCAGUGACGCUCACAGAGAUGAAUUAUUCAAAAUAUGGGGCCAAGGAGUGCAGUUUCUGUGAGGACGCCCGCUUCGCCAGGACCGGUGUGUGCAUCAGCUGUGAUGCAGGAAUGUGUCGCUCCUAUUUCCAUGUCACCUGUGCACAGAGGGAGGGGCUGCUGUCUGAGGCUGCAGCAGAGGAGGAUAUCGCUGAUCCAUUUUUUGCGUAUUGCAAACAGCACGCCGACCGCUUUGACAGGAAGUGGAAAAGGAAGAACUAUCUGGCGUUGCAGUCAUACUGUAAGGUCUCUCUGCAGGAGAGAGAGAAACAGCUCACUCCUGAAGCUCAGGCCCGGAUCACGACCCGCCUGCAGCAGUACCGGGCCAAAGCAGAGCUGUCCAGGAACACUCGGCCUCAGGCGUGGGUGCCCCGGGAGAAGCUGCCGCGACCUCUGACCUCUAGUGCCUCAGCAAUCAGGAAGCUGAUGAGGAAGGCGGAGCUGAUGGGCAUCAGCACUGACAUCUUCCCCGUGGACACGUCUGAUGCCAACGCAAGCUUGGACGGACGCAGGAAGCACAAGCAACCCGCCCUCACAGCGGACUUCGUCAACUACUACCUGGAGCGGAACAUGCGAAUGAUCCAGAUCCAGGACAACAUCUCCGAACAGAAGAACUUAAAAGACAAGCUGGAGAGCGAGCAAGAAAAACUGCAUGUGGAGUACAACAAGCUCUGUGAGUCCCUGGAGGAGCUGCUCAACGUGAACGGAGAGCUGCGGAGUGAAGGCCAGGCCAUGUGGACUCUGCUGGGGGGCAUCCUGGGCCAGAAACUGAACACUCCAGCUGUUCUGAAAGCCCCCAAAGAGAGGAAGCCCAGCAAGAAGGAGGGAGGACCCCCGGGGAAGUCAUCGAGCCUGCCGGCGAUCCUCUACAGUUGUGGCAUCUGUAAGAAGAACCAGGACCAACAUCUGCUGGUGCUGUGUGACACCUGUAAGCUCUACUACCACCUGGGCUGCCUGGAGCCGCCACUGACACGCAUGCCCAAGAAGACCAAGAACAGCUACUGGCAAUGCUCCGAGUGCGACCAGGCCAGCAGCGACGAGGCCGACAUCGCCAUGGAGACGCUACCGGACGGCACCAAGAGGUCCAGGAGGCAGAUCAAAGGACCGAUCAAAUUCAUCCCUCAGGAGAUGUCACCAGAGCCCAAGAAACACCAAGUGAGAGGCACGAGAACCAGAGGACAGAAGAGGAAGAGAGUUCCCAUCGGUGAAGACAGAGAAGAUAAAACUGAGGAACCGCUGCCACGGGAACGCCGACAACGCCAGUCUGCAAUGCAGAAGAAACCCAAAGCUGACGACACGAGGACGGAGUGCACGACCUGCAGAGGACCGGGGGACAACGAGAACCUUGUGAGGUGUGACGAAUGCCGGCUCUGCUAUCACUUUGGGUGUCUGGACCCCCCGCUGAAGAAAUCCCCCAAGCAGACGGGAUACGGCUGGAUCUGCCAGGAGUGUGACACGUCUUCCUCCAAGGAGGAAGAGGAGGAGCAGCUGGAGGAAGAGGACUCCGUUAAAGAGGAAACGGCAGAGCAGGAGAUCCCAAACUGAACCUGAGCGAGAGGACACAAAGACACGUCCUCCAGUCUCAGUCGUCUCUGUUGUGACUACAGCACACGUAACUUUCUAUACUAGCCUCCCAAAGUCUCCAGACAGCCAGCAGCCGGUCAGACAGUGACUCCACAUAGAGCAGCAGCCGGUCAGACAGUGACUCCACAUAGAGCAGCAGCCGGUCAGACAGUGACUCCACAUAGAGCAGCGGCCGGUCAGACAGUGACUCCACAUAGAGCAGCAGCCGGUCAGACAGUGACUCCACACAGAGCAGCAAGCAGAGAACACUAUUUAAAUGUUCAUAUCUCUAGAUUCAAGGGUAGAGUUUGUACUUUUUAUGAACGAGGCUGGACGGACGGACGGACGGACAUCUCUCAGAUCUCAGACAUCUUCAUGAAGCCACACGCACACACACACGCACACACACACACACCACUACGCUGCUUCUGUCUGCUGUUAACGCCCAGCCACCAGCCACCUGAUGUAUUUAUGAUACUUUACAUUCAAUCUAUUUUCAUACACUAAUGAUCACCAGACAGACAGAGAGUCCUGUUUACAAGACGACCCCAGCAGAGUCCACAGAACACUUCCUCUUCCUCCCGCCGGUGUGACGUCAGCAGCUUCCCACCGUCUCCGAAACACAUUUCACUCGUUUGACUGGAGGAUUUUAUUUUUAUAUGUCAUGCAUAUCUUCUUCUUCCUUCCCCUCAUUUUAAAUCUCUACUUCUGUUCUCUCUGGUUUACACUAUCAGUAUGUGAAGUAUUGAUUCUUUGUGUUUGAAAAGAAACCUUUUUUAAAUCUUUGAUUUACCGUUUCUUUAAGUGCAACACACAGUACCGAUCUAUUUUGUCAUUGGAUUUGUAAUAAAAUCUUCCAUAUUUAGGAA